CGGAUGGCACGCAUGCGUCGUUCCUUUGAAUGGCUGGCGCCCUUAUCCUAGCGGCGGCGGGGGCCGCGGGGGCCGCGUUCCUGGCCCUGCGGCUGUGGGUGGUGCUUCAUUCUCGGGUCGCCGUGCCGCGGGAGUCUCUCAGUCUCCUAGUGGUGGCUGGAUCCGGCGGGCACACUGCCGAGAUCCUGAGGCUGCUGGAGAGCUUGUCUAAUGCCUACUCCCCUAGACAUUAUGUCAUUGCUGACACUGAUGAAAUGAGUGCCCAUAAAAUAAAUUCUUUUGAACUAAAUCGAGCUGAUAGAGACCCCAAUACCAAGUUUCCCGAAUACUAUAUUCACCGCAUUCCCAGGAGCCGUGAGGUCCAGCAGUCCUGGCUCUCCACGGUGCUCACCACCUUGUACUCCAUGUGGCUCUCCUUUCCCCUGACUCACCGAGUGAAGCCAGAUUUGGUGUUGUGUAACGGACCAGGAACAUGUGUUCCUAUCUGUGUAUCUGCCCUUCUCCUCGGGAUACUAGGAAUAAAGAAAGUGAUCAUUGUCUACGUUGAAAGCAUCUGCCGAGUAGAAGAUUUAUCCCUGUCCGGAAAGAUUCUGUUCCACCUCUGCGAUUACUUCAUUGUUCAGUGGCCGACUCUCAAGGAGAAAUAUCCCAAAUCUGUGUACCUUGGGCGAAUUGUUUGACGAAUGACUUACUGCUUUAGAAUUUUGCAGUCAACGAUAUUUAUAAUUGGGGGAAGAAAACUGCGUAUUUACUUUUAAGGCUUCUGAAAGUUCUGAGAAUUAUUGGUGAUCAGGAGUGAAAAAUGUGUAAAUAACCCAGUGAAGAAACUGGGUUAUUUCUAAGAGAGUGCUCUUAGAAAACAAACGUUAAUAAACCAUGAAGUAUUUAUGCCUCUGUGCACCAAAUUUCUUUUCUAUAUAACAAUAUUUAUCACUAUUUGCAAGUUAUCUUCUGACUUGUUUUAGAAAUAUUUUUCCUAGAACUAAAUAUAGAAUUUGUAUGAUUAAUAACAUUUCCUGUUCUACAGCUGUUCUUUUUAUUUUUUACAGUAUUCUGCAUUGUAAAAAGAAAAGAAAAAGAAAGGUAUCUCGUGGUUUUUGUUCAGAUACAACAGGCUCCAUUUCCUGUAUGGAAGCAGUGCAGUCCCUAGUGAAUCCUCUCAGCAUAAAGGAAGCAGUUACGUUACAUUGGCUUCAUGACAAUUUGUAAUCCACAGGCUUCCAGAACCUCGAGCCUAACCCAGUAUCUUUUUUUGUUCUUCAGUUUUGCUUUGUGAGUUGUUGGCCUCAAUCCAGAAUAUCUUUUAAAAAAACUCUUGUUUAAUUGUUAAAUUAAAAGGUGACUACUGUCAGAGUAAUAAAAACAUGAUUCUGUUUAUCAGAAAUCCAAACUCGCCAAACAUUAAAAAAAAUGUUUCAGUAAAUUCA